CUUCAAUCUUCCAAAGGGUCUAGGUAAUGGGUAUCAUCUCCAGGAAGAUCUUUCCAGCAUGUGGCAACAUGUGUGUUUGCUGUCCUGCUUUGAGGUCAAGUUCACGCCAGCCAGUCAAGCGUUAUAGAAAACUGCUUGCUGAUAUCUUCCCUAAAUCACCUGAUGAGCUUCCAAGUGAAAGGAAGAUUAUCAAAUUAUGUGAAUAUGCAGCAAAAAACCCUUUCCGGAUUCCAAAGAUAGCAAAAUAUCUUGAAGAAAGGUGCUACAAAGAACUCAGAUCUGAGCACAUCAAUCUGGUCAAGCUUAUAACAGAAUCUUUCAACAAGUUGCUUUCCAUUUGUAAGGUGCAGAUAGCAUAUUUUGCUAUUGAUGUGCUUAAUGUAAUUUCGGAGCUCUUGGGCUAUUCUAAGGAUGAGACCAUUCAGACACUUGGUUGCCAAUCCUUAACAAGAUUCAUCUACUGUCAGGUAGAUGCCACUUAUACUUAUAACAUUGAGAAGUUCGUGAGGAAAGUAUGUAUGCUAUCACAAGAGCAUGGUGAAACACAUGAAAAGCGCUGCUUGAGGGCAUCAAGCUUGCAAUGCCUUUCAGCUAUGGUUUGGUUCAUGGCUGAGUUUUCACACAUUUUUGUUGGUUUUGAUGAGAUUGUUCAUUGCACUUUAGAUAACUAUGAGUGGAGUAGACAAAGCGAAGGUGCUGAUGUCAGGGCAGAGUCACAUCAUAAUUGGGUGGAUGAGGUUAUCCGGUGUGAAGGUCGGGGUGGUUCAGUUGUUGGUAAUGACAUUCGCUCAAGCUGCUUGAUGAUCCAGCCACGACCAGAAAAAAGGGAUCCUUCCCUUUUAACUAGAGAAGAAAUUGAAAAACCAGAAAUAUGGGCUCAGAUAUGCAUUCAAAGAAUGGUUGAAUUAGCUAAGGAAAGCACAACUAUGCGUCGUGUACUGGAUCCAAUGUUUGUCUACUUUGAUUCUAGGCAACAUUGGGCUCCUCAGAACGGGUUAGCAAUGAUGGUUUUAUCCAGCAUGGCUUACUUCAUGGAGAGCACAGGGAAUCAACGCUUAAUUCUUGGUUCUGUCAUACAUCAUCUGGACCACAAAAACGUUGUGAAUGAUCCCCAACUUAAGACCUGUGUUGUUCAAGUCGCCACAUCUAUAGCUAUGCAAAUCAGAUCAGGGAGAGGUUUGGCAGAGGUUGGUUUUGUUGGUGACCUUUGCAGGCAUCUUAGGAAAAGUCUUCAAGCCUCCAGCGAAUUUUUUGGAGAGCAAGAGCUGAACUUGAAUAUCUCACUCCAAAAUUCCAUUGAGGACUGCUUACUAGAAAUUGCCCAUGGGAUCAUUGAUGCCCAGCCACUCUUUGACUUGAUGGCAAUAACCCUAGAAAAUAUCCCAUCCGGUGUUGUUGGUAGAGCCACCAUUGGAUCACUGAUAAUCCUUGCUCGUGCGGUCACCUUAGCAUUGGACCGCUUACGUUCACAGCAGGGAUUUCCUGAAGCUCUUCUUGUGCAACUCCUAAAAGUAAUGUUGCAUUCAGAUGUGGAGGCUCGUGUUGGAGCACACCUUUUAUUUUCUGUACUUCUUUUUCCAAGUUCCUUCAACAUACAUGAAGUUUCCUCUCUGCGGUCCAGAUAUCUAGAUCAGCGCGAUAAAAGGCAUUCUCACACUGCAUCUGCAUCUGCAUCUGCUUCAAUCACAGCCUUACUUGAGAAGCUCCGCAGAGGCAGAGAUGGCACCAAGGCAGAAAAUCAUAGGAAUAUAGAUCAUGAUGGUUGCAAAGAAAGGGAUAUUGUGGCAGAGGACUGGAAGCAGGGCUGUGGCAUAAAGAAUUCCCCUAUCUUAUACAAACUCAGCUCUAUCAUUGAUAGGGCUACAGGAUCUCCAAAUUUGACUGACACCGAACCAUGUGUUAUGAAGCUAAGUGAAGAUCAAAUGGCCCAGCUGCUUUCUGCCUUUUGGAUUCAAGCUAAUCUUCCUGACAAUUUACCUUCAAAUAUUGAAGCUGUAGCUAAUUCAUAUAUAUUAACACUAAUUGUUUUACGCAUAAAGAACCUGAAAGACAGAGAUAACCUGUUGAUCCGCUUCUUCCAGCUUCCUCUGUCUCUCUGGACGAUGUUGUUGGACUUAAGUAAUGGAAUGUUGCCCCCAGCAUGUCAGAGGUCUGUCUUUGUAUUAUCUACUGGCAUGUUGAUGUCUGCCUGCAAAAUAUAUCAGAUUCAUGACCUGAAUGAUAUGUUCGCCUCAUUAGCGAUAUCUGAAGUUGAUCCAUUCUUGGGUAUCAGUGACGACCAUCAAGUAUAUGCUAAGACCCAUGUGGAUGUGAGAGAAUAUGGUACUGCUGCUGAUAAUCAGUUGGCCAUAUCAAUAUUAUCCGAGUUACGAAACAAUAUAUGUAAAUGUCACAAGAUCGCACAGGAUGUUUUGGUUCAUAAUUUAGCUAACAUCACUGAGCUGGAUACAGAUAACCUAGCCAUGCUACUCUCAGAGACAUUCAAGCCUGAUGAAGAAUUUGUGUUUGGUCCACAGUCAAUUCUUGAUCAGAAUAAAAUGGUUUUUUAUUCCCAGGAGUCACUUUCGUUUGAUGGGGAUUUUCCUUCAAAUUCAGUAGGUGAAGAUGACACAACCAGUGAAGCAUCUGUCUCUGACAUUUCUCGAUUUAUUCCAAAGAUGCCUGUUUCCCCUUCUGUGUCUCAUGUUCUCAGCAUUGGACAGCUUAUGGAAUCGGCACUAGAGGUAGCCGGUCAAGUGGCAGGAACAGCUGUCUCCACUUCGCCCCUUCCAUAUAACACUAUGGCUAGCCAGUGUGAAUCGCUUGGGACAUGUGCAAGGAAGAAGCUUUCAAAUUGGCUAGCCUUUGAGAAUCUUUACAGUCAAGCAGCAGAUAAAUCGUUUCUGGCCAUUGCUGAUAACAGUAACUCAGCACUUGAAAAGGUAGUAAAUGGUGGUGGGCAUGCCCAAGUAGCUGCAUUGCCAAGGGAUCCACCAGGGCUAGCCAUGAAGCUGCCUCCUGCUAGCCCCUUUGACAAUUUCCUUAAGGCUGCUGGGUGUUAGAUUUGCAUGUGUCAUGUCAUGUUUACAUAUGCUAAGUUAAUCUCUGUAUAGCUCUAAUUUUAAUAUUCUUCCAAACAUGAUUUUCUAAUAUCAUUGGCUUGACAAACUUGAAUAUCAUUUUAGGGUAUUCGUUCAAACGUUAAUCCUUGUAAGGAUUUAGGUAAAUCAUCUAGGUACUUAGGCUUCAGUCAUAACUAAGCAUAUUAAAAUGUACAACUACCAUUUCUUAACCGAACUGUUCACACUUUAUGGUAGGAGGAAUCCUGAACAGUCUGUCCCAUCACUGCGCCUGUUACUGUU